AUGUCGUUUAUGAGAGGUGAUUUGCUUACGAGAACGAGAAAGCUCGUGAAGGGUUUAGCAAAGUCCGAGCCUGUUUGGCUCAAAGCUAUGGAACAGGCUCCACCGGUGUCAUUUCCUCGUGCGGAGAACAAAAUUAAGCCAAUUAGUCUUCCUGAGGAUGUUUAUAUAAAGAAGUUCUUUCAGAAGCAUCCGGAUUCUAAGCAUGAAGAUGCUAUCAAGAUUUCCGGAUUUGAUCCCCCUCCAGCCCGUAUGUUUGGUUGGCGAGUGCUGGAGUUAAAGGAGCAGGGAGUGAGUGAGGAGGCGGCUAUGGCUGUUGCUGAUAUGGAGUAUUGGGCUGAGAGAAAAGCCAAAAAGAAGGCAUAUGUUCGGUUGAAGCAAAUUGCACGGCUUCAAGGAAAGAAACCCCCUCCAAAUCCAUAUCCUAGUGCCAUCAAAGAGAUACAGGCUGAAGAGAGGAAGUUUGUUCGUGAUCGUUUCUACGAUCCCAAGAUACUCAAAAUUGUACAGAAGAUGAAAGAAGAGAAGGCAGCUGAGAUACAAGAUAGAAUGAGGGGUGGUUCCUGGUAA